AUGUUUUACAAUGUUUUCCACUCAUUUUUUUGUGAAAUUUUUGAAAAAAAACUUUCACAGUUGCAGAUGCUAGCCGAUCCGGAGCGUCACGACAUCAGCAAAUUGCACACAGUCGCGAAACGCAUCGGUCAUAAUUUGAACGGAAGUAAAAGGGAUAAAGAGAAAGUCCGGCAAGCUGUUGAAAUGGUGGGAGCGGCCAAAAUUUUCAAUUCCGGCAAUUUGCCGAUUUGUUGGAAAUUUCAAUUCCGGCAAUUUGCCGAUUUGCCGGAAAAUUCAAUUCCAGCAAUUUGCCGAUUUGCCGGAAAAAAUCGUUUGCCGCCCACCUCUAAUUUUCAUAAUAUUUUAGAAAACGUUUCAUCUAAUAUUGCCAAAAAUUGA